UCUGAUAUUGUGGGGAUGCUAUGUGCAACAGUAAAUGCCACUCUUGGUGGACAGAGAGGAGUCUAUUUUUGUGGGCCAUUCACACUAUGCAAUGACACUAUAAAUCUGAUUUCUGGAAGUCUAGAAGUCCAUUGCUGCCUCCCUCACACACACUUUUCUUCCGUGUGGUGGCUUAAGGAGUUGUUUCAGCUUCACUAAGUGCGGUAAAUAAAGACAAUCAUGUCCGAAAAACACAAAUCAAAGAUCUCCUCCUCUCGAAGGCUGGGGCUGAAGCUUAGACUUCUGGCAGUGGCAGCUCAGAUGCUGCAAGAUGAGAAGGAGCAGAAGCAGAAGGAGAGAGAAGUGACUCUGGCAGAAAGAGUUCCUCUUCUUAACAUGUCUGGUCUGUCUCUGCAAGAGCUUCAGGAUAUUUGCAGGGACCUGCACCACAAAAUCGAUGUUGUAGAUGAGGAGUGGUACGAUAUCGGUCUCAAGGUGUCCAAAAAUGAGAAAGAGAUUGAAAACUUGAACCUGAAGAUCACUGAGAUCCAGAGUAAGUUCAAGAAGCCGACCCUGAAGAGAGUGAAGAUCUCAGCUGAAGCCAUGCUGAGCGUUCUGCUGGGCUCCAAACACAAGGAGUCCAUCGACUUCAAGGCCAACCUCAAAACGGUCAAGAAGGAGGAGGAAAAGAAGGAGGAGGUGACUGACUGGCGUAAGAACGUGGAGGCCAUGUCCGGCAUGGAGGGCAGGAAGAAGCUGUUUGACGCCUAAAGAAACAUUGGCUUUUGUUAAAGAGAUCUCCUCUCGUAAAGGUCUGAUUCUUUGGACAACGAUACAGUAUUUGCCGAUAUUACAAAGUUUAAGAUUUUAGUACAAUUCAGGGGCCUGCAAUCCAUAGUUAUCAUGAAGUUAUCAUGUUCAUGCAACGUCCAUUUAAAUCAACGAUACAGUUACAAAAAGCAAUUCAAUUCAAUUAAUGAUUUAACAAUAGUAUUACUGGUCUUUGAAGGAAGGAUAGAAAUGGUAAUGGUAUGGGAAUUUCAAAAAGGAGUAUCUUAAUGAUGAUACAUAUCGGUGUUUUUACUUGCAUCAAUAUUAGAUAAUAAGCAUUAAAUGGAUUGACGGAUGUUACAGCUCUUUUCGUUUUAAUAAAUGCUUAACUUUGCUGGUUGUCUUACUUUAUUAUAUUGAUUCAGGAAUUAGGAGUUGGACAACAACCGUCACAACUAGGAUUGAUUUGCUUGUUAUAAUAUUAAAGUAAUACAGGAGAGAAACAGGUAUAGUUUAUUGAAAGUAUAUUUUAAAUAGAGGAUUUAAGGAAUACUAAAACUGAUUUCUUAGUCACUUUGAGCUUUUUAUUGGAGAUGUGACCGUAUAAUAUAUAGAAUAGAGUGUAGAGUAUUUAGAAUAGAAAGCCUUAAAUGUCAGUGUGCAAAAAUGAACAAUGAGAUUUGGAGUGCAACCCUGUCGCAAGUGCAGACAAAUGAUACAAACAAGCCAGUAGGACGGACGAACUUAAACCACCAAACAGGGGGGAAUUAAUAGUUAAGAACAACGGCGUAAAAAGCUAUAAAGUGCAUUAAAGGAUUAAAAUAAAAUAUCAAAUGUAUAUGAGUUAAGCAUUUCAAAGAGUAUUGCACUUAAGUCUGCAGGUUUAACAGCCUGCUGGCUUAGGGGUAGAAACUGUAGUCCUCUCUGCAGCCAUGUGAUGGCAGCAGAACUCUUUUAAACCUCAGACACUUGUAGAGCUACAGGAUCAUAUAUUCACUGUGGAGAGAAAUUGUUUGUCCCACAUCAAUAAACAACUGCUAGUUUGUUAUCUGCUGUGACACAUUUAUAUCAAGCUUGUCCGACAUUCAAAAUGUAUCGCCCAUUAAAGCCUUAAGAUGAAACGGUAUGAUUGCAGUCUUUGUUUAUGUCGUUGGAGUGGGCACGUUAUCUUAAUGUUAGUUUAAGUACUUGAUACAAACAUGAAACCAGCAAUAAAUAAAAAUAAAUCAA